AUGGGUUCUCUUGAAGUGGAGUUGUUCACUGAUGUUUGCCCCCAAACGUGUUCCCUGUUUUUGGACCUUUUAGACGGUGAUGGCCUUGGAUAUGGGUAUGUGGGGACGAGGUUUUUCAGAAAAGUACCAAAUUUAUUCUGGAGCGGCGGUGACGUAGUCCACAACAAUGGUUUCGGCUGUUACGCGCAAAAGGGAAGACAUAAACCGAUCGGGGCUGAGAACUACCAUUUUUCACACUCCAUGCCAGGUCUAUUGUCUAUGCGCGUGACAGAAAAUGAUGAGAUGUGCGGAGUGUUUAAUAUAACGUUUAAAGCAUUACCACAAUUGGAUUUGCGCAAUGUUGUCUUUGGAAGGGUGAUUCGCCCAAAUUCAACAUAUGAUAAUAUCAAAAACCUUGGAUCACCGUUGAGCACUCAGCCUAUAGUUGAAAUUGUUGCUACGAAACGAAUGGAUGGCAAGUGUAUAUAUGGCACUAGAAAUACAAAACUUGCAUCUUUUAAAAAUCAAAUUUUAUAA